UAUUAACACGGUGUCAAAAUUAUCGACUUCAGUUGAUAGCACGGUGAUAAGUUGUGAAAAAUCGAUAAUUUCUCUCGUUCUUUAAAAAAAUUUGACAUGACGUGGCAAUUUUCGCUUUGUUUGUCGAUCGUUUGUUUAGGGUUUAUUCGAGCUAAAUCCAUUCCAGACUUUCGCGAAAACGAAUGGAAAAAAUUCAAGGUUGAUUUCCACAAAAAUCACGGAUCUGAGGCUGAAGGUGACAUUCAACAAAUUAAUCAACAUAAUGAACGAUCAUACGUGAAGAAAAUAGAUGAAUAUACAGAUAUGGAUGAUGAUGAAAUAGCAAACAGUUCAUAUUCUCCAAUGAAUGAUGAGCCCAUGUAUUUGGAUUGGAAAAAAACGUGGGACUGGACAGCGAAGAACGUGGUGACUAAAGUAAAAAACCAGGAAGGUUGUGAAAAUGGGGAUUGGGCUUUCGCGGCUAUCGGUGCUCUAGAAGGUCUACUGGCCAGAAAUGGGUACAAUCUCACAGAUCUUAGCGAACAAGAGCUCAUUGAUUGCACUGAACCGUACGGAAAUUACGGUUGUGAAAGCGGCACAGUGAAAAAAGCAUUCGAUUAUAUCAAAGAGAAAGGCAUUUGUACGAAUCAAUCGUAUCCAUACACCGGAACGGAUACGAAUAUGACCGCCUGUCCCAACAAAUUGAAGGGAAAAAUAGUAACUUCCUUGGACAAAAUGAACCAAGACGUUAUUCCUCAGGGCUCUGAAUCCCUUAUGAAACAAUACCUCUACCAAAAUGGACCUAUAUUAGCCAUCAUUAAUGCUUCUCAAGAGUCUUUUAUGAAUUAUAAGGGUGGAAUUUAUCAUAAUGACACAUGCGCUAAAGUUGGAGAACACAACGUCUUAAUUGUUGGUUAUGGUGAGACAGAGCAAGGAGAAGAGUACUGGAUUGUGAAAAAUUCAUGGGGUGAAGACUGGGGCGAAAAAGGAUACAUUAGAAUAGCCCGCGGAAAAAAUACCUGUGGAAUAGCCACCAAUGCAACGUUUUUAACACUCGAUAAACUUCAAACGGCUAAGCCGACAAUUUUACCAAACGCGCAAGGGAUCCAAUAAUUUAAGUUUUACUAAACCUGUAUUGUAUGAUGUUGGUAUAGGUAUAAUAUAAGUACAAGUACGUGUAUAAGAAUGAAUCAUUGUUCAAUUCAAUAAUAUAAAAUUCUGCAGAUUGUGAUUCAUUUUUCAA